CUCCCAAGAUGGCGGCGGCGGGGGGCGGGGGGGUGAACCCCUUCCUCAGCGACUCCGAAGAGUCCGAGCCUGAGGAGAGCAGGCCGGGGGGCAGCAGCAGCAGCGACCCGGGCGCCUCGGCCGCUCCUCUCCCGGUGUCUUCUUCCGUCUCCUCUUCGCCACCCUUUCAGCCGCUCUUGCCGCCGCCUCCGCCUUCACAGGCCGAGGAGCCUCCCCGGGUGCCGGUGGACGCUUUGGCGGCUCAGCUGCUGCGCGACCAGUUCGUCUUGACGGCGCUGGAGUUGCACGCGGAGCUGCUGGAGAGCGGCCGGGAGCUGCCUCGCCUGCGAGACUAUUUCUCCAACCCGGGCAACUUCGAGCGGCAAAGCGCCGGCGGCGCCGGAGCCCUGGCCCCGACUCCUUCCGCCUCAGGAGCUCCUCCCGGGAUGAUAGCCAUGGUCGGAGGCGGUAAGGAGCCCGGCGCCGGACAGCUCCAUCGAGCUGGAAGCAUUAGCACACUCGAUUCCUUGGAUUUUGCAAGAUAUUCAGAUGAUGGAAAUAGGGAAACUGACGAGCGAGUAGCUGUCCUGGAGUUUGAACUACGGAAAGCAAAAGAGACCAUUCAGGCCCUCCGAGCCAACCUGACUCAGGCUGCAGAAAAUGAAGUUCCUUUGCAGGAACGAAGAAAUUAUAAAUCAAGUCCUGAAAUUCAGGAUUUUGAACUGUGGGAUGAUGUAGGACUGAACAUUCCAAAACCUCCAGACUUGCUACAACUGUACCGGGAUUUUGGAAAUCACCAAGUUAUUGCAAAAGACAUUGUAGAUGUAGCAUGUGGUCCAGAAGAGGAGGAACUAGAGGCAACUACUCCUAUCCUAGAAAACAUUCCUGUAUUUGGAACAUCAGAAUCAAUAGAGCAAUGCGUGUUGGUGCAGAAAUUGGAAGAUCAAAUUAAUGCAUUAAGCACAGAAAAAUGGUCUCUUAUGGAGCAGAUACAAAGGCUUGAAAGUGAAAUAGACUACUUGAGAAGUCAAAAAACGUCUAUUCCAAUGGUAUGUGACACAGUACAGCCAUCUUCAGCCCAAGUGCCUCCCACGCUCCCAGAUGAUAAUGGAAAAUAUUUAGACAUUAAAAGUUCAACCAAUGAUGAUAAACUUGGGAGAACUGAAGAAGAAAUAACUUUGAUGGAACCUGAAUGUAGGACUUCUAAAGAGGAUAUUGGAAUACCUUUUGCUUAUAAAGAAAGAGAAAAAUUUCCCUUUUGUUCCCCAUCAAAUAAAGCUGCCAUACAUUUUGAUAAACCUAAUAGGAAGUUAUCACCUGCAUUCCAUCAAGCAUUGCUGUCAUUUUGCCAGAUGUCAGCAGAGAGCCGUUUGGGAUCAGAGGUGUCUCGAAUUGCUGAUAGUGAAAAAAGUGUCAUGCUGAUGCUUGGACGUUGUUUACCACAUAUUGUUCCUAAUGUCCUGCUUGCAAAACGAGAGGAGUUGAUCCCACUCAUUCUGUGUACAGCUUGCCUCCAUCCUGAACCUAAAGAGAGAGACCAACUCUUGCACAUAUUGUUCAACUUGAUCAAAAGGCCAGAUGAUGAGCAAAGAAACUUCUACACGUAUUUUUCCUUUCAUUGCCAGGGAUUUGAACUGCUACUCUCAGCAUUGGGUGAUCCCUCAGAACGAGUGGUUAGUGCAACUCACCAAGUAUUCUUACCAGCUUAUGCUGCUUGGACUACAGAAUUAGGAAAUUUACAGUUGCAUCUUAUACCUACAUUGCUUAUUAAAAUUGAAAAACUACUCAAGGAAAGUGAACAUGGACUGGAUGAACACAAGCUCCAUAUGUAUCUUUCUGCUUUACAAUCCUUGAUACCUUCUCUUUUUGCACUGGUAUUGCAAGAUGCCCCCUUUACAAGCAAAGCUAAGCUUCAGGGAGAAGUCCCACAUAUAGAAGAAGACCGCAAGCUGUUAGUGGGAUUUUUAGAAGAUGUCAUGACUAUGCUUUCAUUAUCUCACGCUCCCCUUGAUAGCCUAAAAGCAUCUUUUGUGGAAUUAGGGUUGCCUCAACUUAUUGAAAUUGUUGGUAAAAUCAAUGUAGCUUCAACCGCAUGUGUUCAUGAAUUCUCAAGGUUUUUCUGGCGACUUUGCCGAACUUUUGGGAAGAUUUUCACCAACACAAAGGUAAAACCCCAAUUCCAGGAAAUUUUACGGCUCUCUGAGGAAAACAUUGGUAGGUAUAUUUUUCCUAACCAUCAGUUCUAUGCGAACCCAGCAUACCAUGAAUUGCUGCUAACUGUAUUAUGGUAUGGAGUUGUCCACACUUCAGCACUUGUUCGAUGUACGGCUGCCAGAAUGUUUGAGCUGACUCUUCGAGGCAUGCGUGAAGCCUUAGUUGACAAGCGGGUUGCUCCGGCCCUUGUUACCUUGUCCAGUGAUCCUGAAUUCUCUGUCAGAAUAGCCACAAUUCCUGCGUUUGGGACCAUCAUGGAAACGGUCACUCAGAGAGAGCUUUUGGAAAGAGUCAAAAUGCAGCUGGCCUCUUUCCUGGAAGAUCCCCAGUAUCAAGACCAACACUCUCUGCACACAGAAAUAAUAAAAACCUUUGGGAGGGUUGGUCCAAAUGCUGAGCCAAGAUUUAGAGAUGAAUUUGUUCUUCCACAUUUGCAUAAACUUUCCUUGGUGAAUAACCAGCAAUCUGCAGACUCAAAACGACUGGACAUAGCUACUCACCUCUUUGAAGCCUAUAGUGCACUCUCCUGUUGUUUUAUUUCAGAAGAGUUAAUGAUCAGUCACUUCUUACCUGGACUCAGGUGUUUAAGAAAUGACAUGGAAGCUCUCUCACCAGAACAUGAGGUCAUUUUAAAUUCCAUGAUAAAAGAAUGUGAACAGAAAGUGGAAAAUAGAAAUGUUCAAGAACCUCAAGGUUCUAUGUCAAUUGCAGCAAGCCUUGUGAGUGAAGACACCAAGACCAAGUUUCUGAAUAAAAUGGGCCAGUUAACCACUUCAGGCGCCAUGCUGGCCAACGUGUUCCAGAGGAAGAAGUAAAUUGGGAUUAAGAACUAAAGAACAUUAACACUGAGAGACCUCAUUAAGACUUGUUCCUUGUACUUGAAGUACUCGUCUUUUUAUUUUCUGUCUUACGUUCUUGUAGUAUAAUUUUAAUCUACAAAGAUAUUUGCACUGCUCUUGAAUAUUGCUACAUAUCUGUUAAUUUGGGGCAAAAUGUGGUUGAUUAUAAAACUAAAUUAAGUCUGUAUCAGGUCCCUGCCCUGUGUUCUUGUCUUUCCAGCAUUUUUAUAUAUAUAUAUAUAAAUAUAUGGUGGGGUUUUUUUUAAUUUCCUGAUGGGUUCUUGGCUGAUAUCUGUAUUAUACAUGGAACUGUUAUGAUGGUACUUAAAAUAAUGUAAAUUUGAAGUCACAGUUAUAAAGUAAUAAAAGUGGAGAUUACUUAUGUAUUUAAGUUAUAAGGGGCAAUGCAGAGCUUUUUUAAUGUUUCUAAAAUGAAAGGUAAGAGCCACCAGCACUGAUUCCUGGAUUGUUUUUGUAAGUUAUUGUAUAUUUGAAUUACCGAAGUGAAUGGAGGAUAUAAUGUAUCACGGAAUUCCUUGCACUACUUAGUACUACAAUAUAUUCCAGAACAGACGAAUACAACAGAUUUUUUUUAAAUUGUCUCUCAUUACAUGUAUUGGCAUUUUCAUUGUGUAUAAAACAGCUUAGUAUUAACCUUUCUGCAAGGCAGUUUAUAGCAAGAAGGGGAGGAAGAAUAAAUAGUCCAAACUUAAAUCAUAUGUACCUUGAUGAAAGCCAUACUGAUUUCAAUGAAGGUUUCUUUCAUAUGAAUGAGUCUAAUAUUGCCUUCUUAGAAUAAACUUUUAAGUGAUGCUGCUCUACAUCAAUGCUUUAAGCCAACAUCAUUUUCUGCAUAUAACAAUCCUGUGUUUGAAGUUUGUCCUUGGUAAAGUAACAUCUACGGUACUUAAAACACCCCUCCAAAAAAUAAUUGACAUAGAACAUUCUGGGCACUACAUAAGGUAAACAUAUUUAUAGCAUACUAGGCAAAAGGAUUGGUUUCAACACUAAAGAGAUUGGCUAGCAUUUUGUUUAACUUGGGUUUUAAAUCUUGCAGGGCAAGGAAGAAAGAAAAUGUGCCAUCCGAUGCCACAAGUAGCACGGAAGUGACCGAAAGCAAUAAUGUAUUAAAAUUUAAAUGCAACGCCAUAUAAUAUCUUCUUAAUAUCCUGAUAUUUUUUAAAAUUGCAACUCUAAUCUUCUAUCCUUGUAGCAUUAUUCAGUGGUGAAUCAAUUUAAGCCCGUCCGUUGUUUCAUAACUCUAUAAAUAUCCAAUGCAAAUUCCGGUCCGCUAUGUGGCUUUCACCCUUUCUACAUUUUCUCCAUACUACAUAUUUUGUAAAUAUGCAUGCACAUAGACAUUAUUUUCAAAAAUAAAAGGAAGACAUUACCUAAUGCUGUGCCUAUUUUAAUGAAAUUACUACUUUUGUGUUAAAUCUGGGGUAGAGACAAACAGACCCGAAACACUUGUAGAAUCCUAAUAUAAGUAUCAGUAAAUCUGUUAUACGUAUGGUCAAGCUCAACCCCACUGUUAUUUCAAGGCAAAGGAAUAGCUUUUCUGUUAUUUCUCUUUUCUUAAAGUAAAUUGUGAUUAACACACUUCAAUAAUUUAUCUUGGAAAGAAAUAUCACAAAUACCCUCAACCCAUUGCUAGAUUAAAAUUCCCACCAGUGUCCAAAACUGUUUUCUGGGUAGAGCUGAUAGAAGUUGCAUUCCAGAUUCUGUGAAAGGUUGCAGGUUGGGACAAGCUUGCCUUAUCAUAUACUUUGGGAUUUCUGUGCUGAGAAGUAGAGAAAUAUUAAUUAAAACUUGUCUAAAAGAGGUGCAUAUGCGUAUCAUCCGUUUUUUCACUGUACUCGACUGGAUUGUAUCUGGAGUAUUUUUUACAUUCCCAAUAAAAUCUUCAUCCGAAGAGAGGACGCGCUUGGAAAAGAAUCCGUCUUGCAUUGAAUGUGCAAAUACAGCAAAUAUAGCCAUUUUGAAAUCCGAUGAUGAUGAAUGAUGAAUGGGUAUUCACCUCACUAUCUGCCAGUCGUACUAAACUGUAUUGCAAAUGCUGUCUUAGUAGACCAUCUGAUAAUGAAAUGCUGGGGCAUUCCAGAAGAAGUAGAAGUGGCUAACUCUCCUGUUCUUUCUUGAAUUAAAUAAAACGUUUUGCAUA